AUGGAUCGACGCUACAGACGCGGGGGGUUCACAGAGAACGGGCUUUCGUAUUUCUUUGAGAAAUGCACACGGCUGGAGGGACUUCGUCUUGAUUGUCAGUCGAAUCUGACCGCCAUUCCCUCUUCCAUCGGCGGCCUUGCGUCACUCAAGAGCCUGCACAUCACUGACAGGAGGAGAAUCGCUCUCCUUCCAGAAGCUUUCACCUCGUUACAGGCUCUCACGCAUCUCGUGAUUGAAAUGCACGGCCUGGAUGAACUGCCGCAGGACUUCGGCAAUCUGAGGCUGCUCAAAUCGCUCAAUCUGAUCGGCUGCCACUUACGAGGCGCGCUACCAAGCGAGUUCUCCCACAUGACAAGCCUCAAGGACCUCUCUCUCUCCUCCCUGCCACACCUGCCCGCCCUGCCCGCCUCCCUCCCUGCCAUCACCUGCACUCUCACCAGCCUCGUGGUCAUCAAUUGCACGCGAAUCGAGGCGCUGCCAGAGGAUAUCGGAUGGCUGGGAUCGCUUGAAUCACUCCAUCUCAGCGAACUGCCCAAUCUGAAGUCGCUCCCUAAGUCACUGUUUCAGCUGCAGCGGUUGAAGUCUCUAACAUUGUUUGGCUGCAGCGCGUUGGAGUCGCUGUUUGAGGAUGAGGACACGGGAAAUGCACUCACGGGAGCUGCACACACGGGGGAUGCACACACGGGGGAUGCACACACGGAGGAUGCACACACGGAGUAUGCACGCAUGGAGGAUGCACACACGGAGGAUGCACACACGGAGGAUGCACACAUGGAGGAUGCACACACGGAGGAUGCACACACGGGAGCUGCCGGGCAUGACCUUGCGGGGAGAAUCACUCUCCUCGAGGUACCCGGUCACACGGGUAGCAGCAGUGCUGCUGGCAGCUGUGAGGGAUCCGAGGAGGGUGACACGGGUGUGUGGCUUCCAUCCCUCGAGGUCCUUCGGCUUGUGAAUCUUCCCCUGCAGCAGCUCGGUCCAUCCCUGGGCUCCUUUUCAUCGCUAACCAGGCUGGAAAUCAGCGGUUUGCAUCGGCUUCGCUCGCUCCCAGAGUCCAUCUCUCGCCUCUCUCGCUUGCAGUCACUCACGAUCAGUUCUGCCGACAGCCUGCUUGCCCUGCCAGAGACAAUAGGGAAACUCUCAGCACUCACAUCCCUCUACCUUACCGAUGCCAUGAGCUUGACUGCUCUGCCCGAGUCAUUCGGGCAGCUGAAGAAGCUUCAGUCUUUUUCUAUUGACAGCAGCCCGGGCUUAACCAGGCUUCCCGAGUCCUUCCCUGAUCUCUGCAGACUGGAGUCGUGUUAUUUGUGCGAGGUCUCUUCACAGCUCUACCUUCCCCCCAAUCUCCUCCUCCUCACUGUCUUCCGCUCUACCCUCUCCUGCAACGACAUGUCAGCAGCCAACUUCGCUGACUUCGUUACCAACGCACCAGGUGGUGCUGAGCUGGCAUUUCUUGAUGCCACGCUGUCAGGCGCCCUUGAUGAGCUGGCAUCCGACCGGGGCUUCAGAGCAAAACCCUGGCAGGCAGGUUCUGUAAGAUCUUCACGGACAGCCGUUCAAAAGAAUUCCGCUGCUGGGGCUUUGCAAGCUAAAUGUGCCUUUAAAGGGGGCAAGCCAGAGGGUGGAGACGGUACAGCGAACCUGGACGAGGGAGAGCGUGCAGUGGGUGGCUCGGAGGAGGAAGAUGAAUGGGAAGUGCGGAUGGGGGAGGAGGAUGAAGGGAGCGAAGGGGAGGAAUGA